AGAGAGAGAGAGAGAGAGAGAUGACAAACACAACUCAAGAGUCCAAAGAUCUGCUGGGGAAGAGGGAAGCUGCUGAUGAAUUACAGCUAAAUUAUAGAAUUAUUUGAAAAAUUCAACCUGUUUGUGGCGACACAGAGAUUCAUAGCGCCAGAUUACAGUGACAGGGACAGGUUUGAAACGGACCUGACUCCGCGUCUGUGCAUCUGUGCGCGCGGCUGCCGAGGGUGACCGGGUUGGGUCUGAGCCAUGGACCCGCUGCUGCCCAUGGAGAGCGAGCGAGACGCGGACAAGGACGCGAAGAGGAAGAUCCAGUUCUCGGUGCCGUCCGCCGUGCCCACUCAGCUGGACCCACGGCAGGUGGAGAUGAUUCGACGGCGAAGGCCGACACCAGCUACACUCUUCAGAAUGACAGAUCCACCUUCGCCAGAGGAAGACUCCAGCCCACACCAGUGGGUUAUAGGAGAAAAUGGAGCCUUGAAAGCCAAACUGGUUCACGCGUCCACCUACCAGCCGCCCUCACUCAAAGCUGUGCAGAGGAUGGCUCAGGCUCACCUGGCCUCCCUGGCUUCUCUGGACAUGACCUCUGUGGACAAAGAGGACUCCUCCUCUGGAGAGGAAGAGAAAGAAGGUGAGAGAAAGAUCCAGCAGCAGACAGACUCAGCGACAGAUCUAAGUGGCGAAAAACAACCACUCAGAGAUCAAUGUCCCCUGUCAGACAUUUCAUCAGUACAUUCUGAUCUCAGCUGCCGUCACCACGGAGACGAAGGGGAGGCCAAAUGAAGAGAGGAUGGAAAGGGAGCUUGACAAAGGAAGACUGUUCUGACUGAGUGUUGCUGUUAGGGAGGAUGCAACCUGCACAGCACGUGUGUGUGCGUGCAUGGAUGUGUGUGUGUGAGUGUGUGUAUGUGACUGUGUACAUGGAUGUUAGGAAAACCUGAAUGUGGGAAAGAAGGAGAGGCUUUGAGAAAAGUCAGAAGGGUAUUAAGCAGCUGUGAAGAAGAGUUUAUAUGAAAUCAUGUCUCAGUUGGGAAAAGACUAAAUUCCUGUUGGCGAAGGAUAUUGCACUGGAGAUCUGCCAGGAAUUGCGGGAUUUCUCUCGAGCAAAAAAAAAAAAGAGCUGCUGUCAGUGAAAUACUUCAGUUAAAUUCUCUAUAUCGCUGACUUAGAGUGGACUCUCUGUCUUAAGGCUGUGGCAGUAAAUGUUCAGAGAAACGUUUUAUUCAAUCAGGAGUCCACAAAGAGGCAGUUCCUCCUCUCUGCUCAGGAGGUUUAGGCUGUUUCUCAGUGAAUAAAUCCCCACUACCACCGUAUGUGUUCACUAGGUGAUGUCAGUAAGACGGAGAGGAAUGCUAAUGGCAGCAAGACACAGGAAGUUAGCCAGGAGAAAUGUACAAUGGGCAGGAUUGUGUGUGU